AAAAGAGCAUCUUCUGCUCUUCGGGAGCCAGGAAAAUCCAUACCUUCUCCUGGCAGAUGGAGAGCAGAAGGCAGCCAGAAUCCACUGCCUUUUCAACCUGCUGAAGAGACAGCCAACACCUGUAGCAAGGGAGAUGUCAACAAGUCCAGCGGCCAAUGACUCCUCUUCCUCUCUGCUUCAGGAGGAAGCCACUGUGCGCAGCACUGUAAAGAUCAUCACUGGGGUGGUCUUCAGCUUCAUCUUCCUGGCUGGAGUGGCUGGGAACGGGGUCGUGUUGUGGGUCACUGGUUGGAAGCUCCGCUGGACAUCCAACACCAUUUGGUUCUUCAACCUCGCCUUGGCUGACUUGGCUUCCACCUCCCUGAUCUUUGUCACGCUGCUGAACUUGGCCCUGGACCUGCACUGGCCCUUCGGCUCGGUGGCCUGCAAGAUGGCCAACUGCCUUUUUGGGCUGAGCGUAUGCAGCGGUGUGCUGCUGCUUAGCUGCAUCAGCCUGGACCGCUGCGUGCUUGUGGUGGCCCCCGUCUGGUGCCAGAACUACCGGAACCCCCGUCUCACGUGGGGGGCUUGCGGGCUUCUCUGGCUGCUCUCCUUCACCUUCUUCGUCCCCAGCUCCUACUUCUUCACAGAGAUCUCACUGGAAAAGAAUAACCGGAGCUCUUGCAAUAACCUGGACAUCUUCCAGGACUGGCAGGAAGCUGAGGUCCUCACCAUCUGCAUCUUUCUCUACCAGUUCCUCCUGCCCUUGCUGGUCAUCUCCAUUUCCUACACCAUUCUGGUAGUGACCAUGCACAAGAAGAAGCUCAACAAAUCCAGUAAACCGCUCUUGGUCGUUACUAGAGUGGUUUUCUGCUUCUUCCUCUGCUGGCUGCCCUACCAUGCCCUGGCUCUGGCAAGGAUCUCCAUGGACGUCGUUCCAGAUGCCAUGCACCUGGUGGCCAUCCCUCUCUCCAAGUGCCUGGCUAUGUUCAACAGCUGCAUCAACCCCUUGCUCUACGUCUUUGUGGGGCAGGAGUUCCAGGACGCAGUGAGGAGGUCCUUGCUGCAAGUCUUCAAGUCGGCUUUUGAGGAGGCACCAGUGGCCGCCAACAUUUGA